UUAUUUUUAUUUAAAGCCUUGCACAUCUUACGAUUUGACAUAUAGAGAAUCAAAGCUGAUCAUACUGUCGGAAUUAUAAGGUUGCAUCCAGAAUGAAUUAAACCGAAUUACAUCCCUGGGAUAUAUCAUAUGCGCACAUGAUUUAAAAUUUCAGUGUUUAUUUUAUUUUGACCCCACCAUUUCUCAAUCUCACCGUAAAUAUAUAAAUAUGAACCAAUUAUUUCAACUUUAUUAUUAUAUAACCAAGUUUAACCAUAUACCAUUUGUAGGUAAGCUUAUCAACUAGGAAUAUAUAUACAUAUCAACAACCAAGAUGCCACCAAAUUAUUUCGCCCUUAUCAAAUUAUUAUUCAACGAAGAUGUGUCUAAGAAAAUAGUGUUGCAAAUGGCUUAUAAGCAAAUCAGUAAGAUUGGAUUUGCCAAAGUGUUAGCCGUAUUAUUAAGUGCUUGUACAGUUGGAGUAUCAUCAUUCAUUCGUAUUCCUCAGAUUAGAAAAAUCAUUGAUCCCAAACUUUUAGAUGACAGAAUUAAAGUGGCCAAUGGGUUAUCAUUAGAGAGUUAUAGUAUAGAAUCGUUCAAUUAUUUGAUUCAUGUUGUAUUCAAUUCUCAAAAUAAGAACCCAUUCCUUGAUUAUGGUGAAAGUUUAUUAAUGGGGAUACAAAAUGUGAUUAUUAUCUUAUUAAUUAAAUUCUAUCGAUUAAGAGAAACUAAUGAAAUACCUGAUUUAUCAAACAAAUCUUGGACUGAUAGUAUUAAAGUAGUUGGGGAGAAAUUAGCUCAACCAGUUGGUAUUAUUGUUGGGACUAUCAUUUUCUUAACUCAAGUAGCUCCACAUCAAUUGAUUUCAUUAUUACAAGUGUUAAACAUUCCAAUUAAUAUUAUUUCAAAAUUACCUCAAAUCAAACAAAAUCAUGAUUUAAGAACUGCCAGACAUUUAUCUACCAUCACUCUUCGUGCUAAUGUAUUAGGUUCAAUUAUUAGAGUUUUCACUUCUGCUCAAGAUUUAUCCACAAAGAGAAAGAAGAAUAAAUCAUCUUACAAUGAUUGGAUCUUAUUAGCCGGUUAUAUCACUUCCUUAAGUUUGAAUUCAGUUUUAAUUGGUCAAAGCAUCAUUUAUGAUAGUAAGUUAGUUGAAUCAAAAGAUGAUGAUGAUGAAGAAAAGAAGAAAGUUUAGGUAAUAUAUCCCGACUUAAUCCUUAGCUUUCCUCGACAUUACUACUAUUACUUAUUAUUUUGUAUAUUUUUUUUCUUAUUGCUAGCAAUAUAGUUGUUAUUUGUACUUAUUUAUAGUUAAUACUAAAUUAUCACCGUUAAACUUUGUAUUCU